AUGAUGGGUAUAUUUGGCCGCGAGAAAAAAGUGGACACGAAGGAAGCAGUGCGUGAGUUGCAACGAAAAAUGCGUGUUGAGCUGCGACAACUUGAUCGCCAAGUACACGCCAUCGAACGCGAGGAACUGAAGAUACUAUCUGAUGCGUUGCCACUGGCAAACCAUGAGGUGACGAGGUCGGAACUUUGCGAUGGGCCAAGAGAAUAUUACAUGAUCAACAAUAUGCAGGAAAAGGGAUUUGUACAGCACUUUGGCGAGCGGCUACACAUCACUUGCAAGAUUGACUGGGAAAAAAAGGGCUGGAAAAUAUGA